AUGGAUCAUUUAGGUAACCUUGAGCCAACCACCAUUUUCCAUGUUAUGGCCUUACCAUUUCCCGGUCGAGGCCAUAUAAAUCCCAUGAUGAACCUUUGCAGGUCACUAGCUUCCAAAAACCCUGACAUACUGAUAACAUUUGUUGUCACUGAAGAGUGGUUAGGUUUGAUAGGGUCGGAGCCAAAACCUGACAGCAUUAGUUUUGGCACCAUUCCUAACGUGCUCACUUCUGAGAGAGCUCGAGCUGGCAAAUUUCCGGCCUUCUUCCAAGAAGUUUUGACCAAGAUGGAAGAGCCGGUUGAGAAGCUCCUUGGUCAGCUUGAGCCGCUAGUGAGUACCAUCAUAGCGGACACAUAUUUAAUGUGGGCUUUUGAGAUGGCAAAUCGCUACAAUAUUCCGGUGGCCUCGCUGUGGACAAUGUCGGUGACGGUAUAUUCUGUGUUUCAGCAUUUUGAUCUCCUUGUCCAAAAUGGACACUUCCCAAUAGACUUGAAAGAAAGAGGAGAAGAACUAGUGGAAUAUCUACCAGGAAUUUCUUCAACGCGUAUUGUAGACCUUCCAACGUGUGUUUAUGGGCAUGGACGUGAUAUCUUGCAUAGAGGAUUCGAAGCUAUCGCAGGUGUGUCCAAGGCACAAUUUCUUCUAUUUUGUUCAGUCUACGAGCUUGAAUCUCUAGCAAUUGAUGCUUUAAAAGCAAGCAAUUCAUUGCCUAUCUAUCACAUUGGUCCUACCAUACCUUUCUUCAAACUAGAGCAAGAAGAGAUUGCUAUAGGUCCAGGUGAGACUAACUAUUUCCAAUGGCUUGAUAUGCAACCGAAAGGAUCUGUCUUGUAUGUUUCUCAAGGUAGUACCCAUUCAGCUUCCAGUGCUCAAUUGGAUGAGAUUGCUGUUGGCUUGCGCGACAGUGGCGUUAGGUACUUGUGGGUGGCAAGGGCAGAAACUUCUUUGUUUAAAGAGAGUCUUGGCGACAAGGGUUUGAUUGUGCCAUGGUGUGACCAAUUAAGAGUGCUGUGCCACCCUUCUGUUGGAGGGUUUUGGUCACAUUGUGGAUGGGGUUCUACCUCAGAAGUUGCUUUUGCUGGUGUUCCAUUGCUUACAUUCCCUUUAUAUUGGGAUCAAACCCCAAAUAGUAAGCUAAUUGUUGAUGAUUGGAAGAUUGGUUGGAGAGUGAAGAGUGGAUUGGAUGUGAACAAGUUGAUAACAAGAGAUGAAAUCGCAGGGCUUAUAAAAAGGUUUAUGGAUUCGGAAAGCAACGAGGUGAAAGAAAUGAGGAGAAGAGCAAGAGAAGUUAGUGAGGUUUGUCGACGAGCAAUUCAGAAAGGUGGGUCAUCUGAUACAAACAUCAAUGCCUUCAUUAAUGACAUCUUACAGCACCAAAAGCAAUAA